AUGUCCCGAAUCUACCUUUGUGAGUUUGCUGGAGGGCAAGUCCGAGUAUCCUUUGCUUGCAAAGGUUCCGAGCUGCGUUUGUUCCAGCCAUUGGCUCCAAUGCGACGUCUCACUCUUCAAGCAGCGGUUCCCAGCAGAGGCUUCAAAGAGCCGGCAUACAGUACUGACCUAAGAAAGGACUACCAGAAGAUCUUUGGAGCGGAUCACAAGCCAGUGGACCACCGCUUAGCUUCAGCCCUGCCGUACACCAUCUACCUGAUUCAGCUUGGCGGUGCCAUCAGUGAAGUGACUGCUGAGCCCGUGGUGGACACCGUGGCCGUGGAUCCCCCGGCAGCGGCGCCCGCGCCCGCGGCGCCGGAGGAGCCGCCGGUGGUGAAGCGCUUCCCCGCCGGAAGCAAAGUGACCAUCAAAGGUCUCACAGGUGCAGUGGAGCUCAAUGGUCAAGAAGGUGCUUCUGAGUUGGCUGAUUGUGAAGUUGUGCCACCUUCUCCUCAAGAAGCCGAGCUGGCUGCAGAGGUUGGCCCAAUGGUGAGUUCAGAGCACGUUGCCAAGACGCAGCACGUGAUGCAGAUGAGGCACAGCAGACUGGAGUCUUUCAGGGAGGACGUGCGUGACUUGCUCGAUGCUUCUUGGUGCAGACUGUGGAGGUUUCGGAGCGGAAACCUGGGUGGAUCCCUUCCAGCCAAGGAGCGUUUGGACAGCUCGCAGAACCUGUCCACUCUGCUUUUCGGCUUCGUCACGGCCAUCCUCGUUGAGGGAUUUCCACCUCAGAAGAUGAAAUCCGAGAUGUGCGUCGAUGUCUUCCUUUUUUUGGUGUCCUGGGGGAUUGCCUUACUCUUCCAAUCGAUGACCUUUGCAGUGCUCUACCAACGUGGCAUGAUGACCGUGGGUGCGGGGAUUUUUGAGGUUUUUUUGAUCACCGAAAGUUAUCAGAUCAAGCCACCCAGCCGUGCCAUGGAGGGGGUGGUGGCACCCAGCACUCUCGGGGAGCCAUGCAUCGGCAUUGCGACACCAGAGUGGGAGGGGCUCAUCGUCGAUGGUGGUGGGGCCCCAAAGAAGGCCUCCCACCUCUCAGCCGCUGUGGCUGUGGCCAGCCUGGCUGCUGCGGCGGUACGGAGACGCGCCAACCCGGUGCAGAAGCAGCUACAGAGCCUGGGAGCCGGCAUGACCGAAGAAAAGAGGCUGGCCAUGGGCAUGCGAGAAGAAAUGGUCCAGGCCACUAUCGAGGCCUCCACCCCGGUGCCGCAGAGCUUUGACCAGGCGGUGACCUGGGCCUGUUCCGCCGCACUCCGGGCCGCCGAGGAAGGACAGAACAGGCAGUCGAUGUAUUUCAACACCGGGGCAGAAGACGCCCAAGUCACAGGUGAGCUGGGCGGCGUGCUGCAGUUUGGAGAGCAGGUGGCCAAGACCCUGGCCUACUCCAACAAGCUCCCCGAGGGCAACGGUGUCCGGGUGCUCUUCACCGACUUCGGCGCUAAGAGUCUGGUGGCCACACGCUGGGGAGACCUCCCGGAGAACUUGAUUCUCGACCACUUGCCGCCGGUGCUCCCCAAGCGGGAACUUCGCAUGGAAGAGCGGAUGAAGCUCAACGAGAUUUUGGAGUCCUCGAUUUUGCUGGUAGUUGCACCGAACCAGUCGGAGAUGGCAGCUGUUCUGGCCAUUUUUGAUGUCAUGAAAGACUUGGGGAAGAAAGUUCCCGUGAUCUUGCUGAACGCCAGAUUGGUCCAGGACACCACGGCCGUGGCAGGUGUGAUGCUGCGGAACUUCAGAGCCUUCGAGGGCACGUUGCUGCCAGUCUUUCACUUGGAGCAGUUUGAUCCGGAGGAUGAUAAGGACCCUCUGCCGCUGAACAGUGCCGUCAUCGUCCGGGUGUGGCCGCGACCCUACUCGGUCUGGGAGGACAAUCCGGAGGACCCCGAGGCCAUUGACGGAUACUUCCUGCUCGAUGUGAAUGAACAGCAACCGCAGGACUUCCAGGAUUGCCUGACGUUUCUGAAAGGUUCUCGCGAGUUAACGAAACGCAUGCGCUUAAAGGAACGCCAAGAGCGAGAUAAAGGUCAUCGACAUCUACGGGAACUGCAACGGAUCGGCUCAAAGCAGGCUGAAGAGGAAAUUACGCAAGGCCCUCACACUUUUGCCGACAGCCUGCAAAGUCGCUGGAGAGCUCGAAAUCGGCGUCGAGAGGAGCGAGUCGCAACAGAAUGGCGCCUCGCAACCGUUGGGCGCGCCGUUGUGGGUCUCGUGGCGCGGCUGUUUGCGCUACCACCAGGGCCACCAGGCUUCAAGCAGCCAUCUUGCCAGUGCUCCGAUGAAGAAAGGGAGGAGUUCUGUAGCUUAAACGGUUCGGAUGGCGAAGACUUGGAACACUUUCCGUCGGAGGGGGUGCUUUCUUUGGACUAUCUGACCUUGGAGUUGAAGGGUCGCAAAUCCAGCAAAUCCCCAGUGAAAGACACGAGCCAAGGGGUGGAUCGCAUUGCUUCUCCCAGGGAGGAGCAACUGCAUCGACCCAAAGAAUUAGUCCAUGUCACGGAGCUCAGCAAGAUGCCCGAGGUGAAAGCCUUGGAACUCUAUGAGAACCAAGCACAUGAUACAGUCUUUGGGGGAAGCCUCUUUACCUUGAUGUCACUGGGCUUUUGCAUUAUGUAUCACAUCCAACUGCGUUUGGAGGUCUAUGAGGACCAUCCCAUGGCCUGGUUCGCGCGGCUGGGGAUCUUCCUGCCGCCCUUCAUAGUGGCAGCCUUCACCAUCUUCAUCAAACCCUAUCCGGAGAAGCACCACUACCGGGUGAUGGUGGAAGAUAUGGAGGACUAUAGAAACCCGACUCGAAUUCGGCCAGCGACACAAUGUGUGGUCCUCUUUGGCGCCUUGAUCUCGUGCACUUCCUUGGCCUUCGCCUUGCGGCUGCAUGUGCCGCCGCUGGCGACGCAGCCGAAGCGUCCCGUGCCCGUGCUACGCGUGACGGAGUGGACUGUGGAUAGAUGGCCCCUGUUUUUCCAUCCCAAGGGGCUGACGGCCAGCGAGGCUCAGGAUGCCUUGAUCGUGACCAGCGACUUCGCCGUGGCCCGCUUCCAGUCACGGCACCUAGAGCCGACGGCGCCCCAUUCGUAUCGCACGAAAGAUGUGAUGCGCCUGGCUGAUGCGGACAGGUUUCCACAUCGUUUGCGGGGCUUCACGGCUUUGGACUCCAACGCGGUGGUGAAGUUCCCCUGCGGCCUGGGCAUUGCAGUGCAGCACGGCCGCGGCAACCUGGCUGCGCUGUGGCCGUUGGGAAAGCCGCGGAGGCUGCCCACGCAGCGCGAGACGCGGGGAAAGCUGGUGCCGGUGCAGGGACCACCUGAACUGGGCGCGGAAUAUUUCCAGCGCCCCAACUUUCGUGUGGGCGACGGCGUGCACGCGCGCUAUGGCCUGGAUGGGGACUUGCGCUGGAUUGUGAGUUGCCAGGGAGGGGCCCU